GAUCAUUUCAAACGAGAGAACGCCGGACGCGGGAAAAAUCUUCGUCAAAUUGGUGUUGUGCCGUUAAAAGAAUCUCACUUGGGGCGUUCGGGGUUUAUUGUUCCAGAGUUUCCCUGCCAUGGCAACUCCCCUAUUCGUCUUCCCUUUGCAUAGGGAGGACCUACUAUCGUCCGAAACUCCUGGACAAUAUUAUGUAAGGGAACUUGUUGAUUGUGAUCUCGUUCCGAGGAGACUUGCAGAUUGCAAUGCUGCAUUUUCCGAUGAUGGCUUUCUUUUUAUAUUAAAUCACUUUGAUGCAUUGUUUUCUGCUGUGCACCAGUCUAGAGAUCUGGAUACUAGACAUCUUAUCAUGUCACACAAUAUAGUUCUUAAAGGGAUGUCAGGAAUGAGUGUGUCACUCCCCAGAAUGCUUGAAAAUAUGGAUGGGCAUCUACGUGUUAAGUUAUUGAAUGCAGCCAAGAUGUACCUGUAUCUGUUAUACGAAAACCUUCGAUCCCUGGAAGAGAGAUUUGAUGCAAAAACUGACAGUAAAUUAGCAGUGGAUGCCAAGAGUCGUAAGAAAGCUAUGAAAAGUUUUGUUGAUUUCGAUUGGGAUGAAAAGAGAAAUGUUUCUCUUUUAAAACUGCAUGAAUUUAUUCAUCAACCCUUGGCCAAGUUGUGGGAUCCACCUAUGGCAGAUGAAGAUUUUGUAAGCACUGCUGCUAAUUGUUGUUACAAAACCUUAGAAGACCCUCAAGUUUCCCAAGUACGAUUGUCACACCUUAAACAUUCCAUUUUUGAUAUACUUGGAGUAUUAAUUCAAAAAUAUGGCCAUGGGCUGAGCUGUACAGUAAAGAUGGUUCAGCUCAUGAAAUUGUAUGAACAUUUACCAGAAACUCUGGCUCAGGGAGCAGUCAAGUUUGUCACCGAAUAUCACAGCCGGAACUUUGUGCGUGAAAUGAUUCGAGAAAUCACUGAAGAAGCAGCUGCGUGUGAAAACAGUUGCAUCAAAGCAUGCUCACAUUUUUUAGUUGAAGUUGCUAAAGAAGGUCCAGAAGUCAUGUUGCCUUCUGUGCACAUGCUUCUUCCUGAACUAGAAAACGAUUCAUACAUGAUGAGAAAUUGUGUGCUUGGAGUUUUGGGAGAGAUUGUGUCUGCAACUUUAGCUAGAGAACAUCUUUCUGAAGAACUGAAAGAGACUCGCAACAUUUUCUUUGAGCAUCUUGAGGACCACCUCCUGGACACCAAUGGUUCUGUUCGUGGCAAGGUGUUAAAAAUCUGGCAAAGGCUAUGUCAAGAGAAGGCAAUUCCCCUUGCUCGCCUUAGCCAGCUUUUAGAGCAAGUAGUUGAUAGACUACUGGAUAACAGUUGGACUGUUACUCGUAAUGCCAUACAACUUUAUCAUUCUCUUUUGCAAAGUAAUCCUUUUGGUGACAAGUUGGAAAUUGAAAAGUUAAAAGAGAAUUUCAAUCAGGAAGAGGAACUAUUAGUUGUGCUAGAGAAAGAAGUAAACUUGAAAAUACCACCAUCUCGUGCUAAGCUGUGGCAAGAAAUUUCACCAAAAAUUGUAGUUAUUUUGCAAGAAGCUCUAUCAAGUGGUGAAGAUGAAACAGUUCCUGAAGAAUAUCUGAACAAUUCAAUGGGUGAUAAUAUUUCAGAAAUCUAUCGUUUUUUGGAAAGGGAAAGAUAUGUUGAAGCAAUCCACUUACUCAGGUUUACAGAAAAACAAUCUGAGGCCAGUACUCCAAGAGCCAACAAAGAGUUGGAUUGGCAGGUGGAUUAUUUUCAUAAUCUCUUGCGUAAGAUUUUUGUCAACUUUGAUGAAGAAGGCAAUAAACGAGAAGAAAGACAGGACCUUACUCCAGAGCAUAAAGAAGCUUUAGAAAAGUUACAAAAACAGCGUACUUUGACCCAAUAUUUAAAGGAUUGCAUCGUAUUUGCAGAGCAGCUUGAGACUGCAACAAGUAUUAUAAACAACUUGCUUUCUUGUGCUCAACCAACUGUCAUGUUGGAUGCAAUAGAAUUUUUAACUGCUGCAUAUCAGUUUGGACUAAAGGGUGCUCUGACAGGAGUUCAAAAUAUGCUUAUGUUAGUUUGGUCAUCAGAAAGUUCAGUUAAAGAGGGUGUUGCCACUGCUUAUAGAAACAUUUACAUUGAAAUUGCAAGUCAUGCUCCUGGACGAAGCCGAGCUGGUGAGAUAGUACGAAAUCUGUCCCAUCUUUUGAAAACUUUAAAUGUGAAUCAACAAGCAGCUUUGGAGGUACUGGUGCACGAGUGGGUGAAAAAUGGUGAUAUGGAUAAAGAGUGUAUUCAAAUUAUGUGGGAGAGAUUCUCCAUGAAACUUCCUGACACAACUGAGGAUGACAGCAGAGCUGCUCUUAUUCUCCUGGGUAUGGUCGGAGGAGCAUCUCAUUCCGUAUUGAAGAACAAUAUUCCAGUGUUAAUAUCUGUAGGUUUUGGUGAAAGAGGACGCAAAGAUUACAGACUGGUGAAGGAGACCUGCCGUACUUUGUUGAAAUUGGUCCCAGAAACAACAUUGGCAUCUUCAAACGAAGAGGCUUUUGCACUUAGUGAAGAUCAUGAGAUGUUUCAAGACUUGUGCUCUAUUUUAACAAAUGGAUAUAAUGUACUUGAUGAACAAGAUUAUACCUCAAUGGCCAUUGAGGCAUUUGAAGUGAUUUAUCAACUUUCUGAACACCCAGACAAGACAUGUGGUGCUCUUUUAAGUACCUUUUCUGAUCUUACGAAGAAAUCUGCAUCAGGAAAUUUUGAUGACUUGCUAAACCCUUCAGGUCCAGACAAGACAAAGGCCCCAGGAAAUAUACCCUUUCUUUUGUUGGAGCGACUUGUAGCUGUAAUUGGCCAUGUAGCCUUCAGACAGUGGAUACACCUAGAUAGGAAAGUUUUCAGAGAGCUGAAGAGAAGAAACAAAAUACGGGAAGCUGAAGCAGAAAAGAAAAGAGAUGAUUCCCAGAAGAAUAAAAAUAAAGAUAAGAACAAAGAAAAGCGUAAAAGUCAAGCAAAUCUGAAUUCAUCCAUCUUGAGCCGUGCCUCAGAAACUCCUCGCUUGAAAAGGGACAAAGAUGAUUCAGCAGAUGCCGAGAUAGGAGAGAUCAAUGCUGAUGAUGCUGAAGCUGACUACAUCAACCAUGUUUGUGAGUCAGAAGUUGUAACUAGUGAAACUAUGCUGGCGAAGUUGAGUCCUCUUGUGGUUUCCAUAUGCACCAAUCCUCAAAAAUACUCUGAUGAAAGGCUUCAGAGCACUGCCAGCUCUUCAUUGACAAAAUUAAUGCUUGUUUCUUCAGCAUUUUGUGAAGAACAUCUACCUCUUGUAUUUACUAUGAUGGAAAAGUCACAUGAGGCACAAAUACGAUCAAAUCUUGUUUAUGCUGUCGGAGACUUUGCCAACAGAUUUCCAAAUCUUAUAGAGCCAUGGACCAAGCACCUUUAUGCAAGGCUUCAAGACAAAUCUCAUAGUGUCCGCCUUGAUACUAUUAUGGUUCUUAGACACCUUAUAACCAAUGAGAUGGUUAAAGUUCGUGGCCAAAUUUCAGACAUGGCACUCUGCAUUGUUGACUCAGAGGAGAGAAUUUCUGUGAUGGCUUCAGAGUUCUUCAGGGAUCUCUCCAAAAAGGGAAACACCCUUUACAAUGUUAUGCCAGAUAUUAUAUCUAGGUUGUCUAAUCCAAGCAUGAAUGUUUCUGAAGACCAUUUCCAUGUAAUAUUAGAGUUUUUACUUCCUCUUAUUAAUAAAGAUAAACAGAUGGAGAGCUUGGUUGAUAAGCUUUGCCAACGCUUUAGAGCCUCUACCACUGAAAGGCAAUGGAGUGAUAUAGCUUUCUGCUUAUCCUUGAUUCAGUAUUCGGACCGAAGCUUACGGCGCUUGACUGAAAAUUUCCAAUGCUACUUUGACAAAUUAAGUACUAAUAAGGUGUACGAAGCUUUCGAAUCCAUUAUUGCUCAAGCUCUGAAAACAAACAAGCCGGAGAGAAAGAUUAUUGUUGAAGAACUGCAAACAAAGAUAGAUGAGAUCAUGAAGAAGGGAUUAGGCUUGGAGGAAGCUAGGGCAGGUCAUUCUGAGGAUGCUGGUGAGGGUACUGAAGAUGGUGAUGGAAGCAAUCAGAAAGAGAACAGAUUAACUAUGAAGAGAAAGGAGAAAAGGGGGAGUGAUGUUGGAAAGAGAAUGCAAGCUGCACAGAGGAGAGGCAGGAGGAAACCUGUGGAAGACUCAUCAGAAGAGGACGAAGAAGACGCUGAUAGUGAGCAAGAUGUGGCUCCUCAAACGCAGUUAAAAGCGAGGCAUUCGAACCGAAGGCGAAGGAGAUAAACAAGUCAUCAUUACCUGAUAGUUGAUAUGUGGUAGGAAAAGUAUAAGGAAAAUUCCUUUCAUUUGAACUUGCUCUCUGUUUUCACUCUCAUAUCAAAAUAUAGGUCUGAUAUGAAUUUUAACACUUCCAUGACACUUCUUAUUAGGGAAUCUCAUUGUGGCUUGUAGAAAUUCCUUAAGCAACCUAUGUAACCAAUUUUUUUUUAAAUAUAUAUUAUUGGUUUCUGAUUGUUUUUCUACUUAAUAAACGUUUCUGUCAUGUCUUGCUUA